GAAUGAAGAGCAACAUCCGUAUUUGCCAGGGCCAGCAGCUGUCGGACAAAUCCAUGGGAGCUCUUCGAUCAGCGAUUCCAGCUGGCCGGAGGCGCCUCCCAUUUCUUCUGGAACCUUCAGGGGUACCCCACCGCGGGGGGCCGGGAUGAUCGCCUUCCGACAGGACAGAGUCUGUUUGGUGGAGUCCAGGAACGGCAAGUUGAGUUUUCCCAAAGGUGGAAAGAAAAAAAGUGACAAGACUGUCCUGGACUGCGCCUUCCGUGAGUUACUGGAAGAGACAAGCAUCCCGAGAGAGCGGGUGAAACUGUACCCAGGCCUUCACGUGGAUGAGGAGAAAUUCGGCUGUCGCUACCUCUUGGCCCAGGUCUCGUCACGAGAGACAGACGGCGACUUCGACCUCACCAAGAGCUGGGCGCCGCAACACGAAGAUCCCACGGAUAAGGAUCCGGUGAUCGCAGCGCAUUGGGCUCCUGUGGCGGAGGUUUUAGGUGGCGCUUGGCCUGGGCUACACCCUGCUCGGGUGAAUCUCCUGAGAAAUGCCUUGUCCAUUCGUCCCAGCGAAACGUGAAGUCACCGUGGCAACUGGAAAUCGAUGGGAAAUCCCCUAUGAAUGGAGCUUGGUCAUGAG